UUGUGUCUCUGUAUUCAUGCUGUAAAAUGGCAGAAGCCAGAAUUUCAGUGGAUCAGAAUGAGUUCAUGUGUUCAGUGUGUCUGGAUCUCCUGAAGGAUCCAGUGACCAUUCCCUGUGGACACAGUUACUGUAAGAUCUGUAUUACAGGCUUCUGGGAUCAGGAGGAUCAGAGAAGAGUCUACAGCUGCCCUCAGUGCAGACAGACCUUCAGUCCAAGACCUGCUUUAGGUAAAAACACCAUUCUGGCUGAAAUGGUGGAGAAACUGAAGAAGAUUAAACUUCCUGCUGACUGUUACGCUGGAGCUGGAGAUGUGCAGUGUGACGUCUGUACUGGAAGAAAACACAAAGCCGUCAAGUCCUGUCUGGUGUGUCUGGAGUCUUACUGUCAGAAUCACCUUGAACAACAUGAGAGUUGGUUUAAAGGAAAGAGACACAAUCUGACUGAAGCCACUGGACGACUGCAGGAGAUGAUCUGCCCGAAACACAACAAGAUCCUUGAGGUUUUCUGCCACACUGAUCAGAAGUGUAUAUGUCUGCUGUGUACGAUGGAUGAACAUAAAAACCACGACACUGUAUCAGCUGCAGCACAGAGGACAGAGAAACAGCACCAGCUGAAGGAGACGCAGAGGUCGUUCCAGCAGAGGAUCCAGCAGAGAGAGAAAGAUCUUCAGCAGCUGAGAGAGGCUGUGGAGUCUCAUAAGCGCUCUGCACAGACAGCAGUGGAGGACAGUGAGAGGAUCUUCACUGAGCUCAUCCGCUCCAUUGAGAGAAGCCGCUCUGAGUUCACACAGCGGAUCAGAGAUCAGGAAAAGACUGCAGUGAGUCGAGCUGAAGGACGACUGGAGCGACUGGAGCAGGAGAUCAAUGAUCUGAGGAGGAGAGACGCUGAGCUUGAGCAGCUUUUACACACACAGGAUCACAUCCAUUUCCUGCAGAGUUUCCAGUCUCUCUCAGCUCCUCCUGAAUCUACAGACGUAAAUGAUGAUCCCUUCAGUUCUCUCUCCUCUUUUGAUGUUGUGAGAGAAUCUGUCCUUCAGCUGAUAGAAAACCUGGAGGAUUUCUGCAAAGAGGAGCUGAAGAAGAUCUCUGACAGAGUCACUUUCACCAACAUUGUUCCCAGAACCAGGAACGACUUCCUACAAUAUUCCCAUCAGCUCAAUCUGGAUCUGAACACAGUGAAUAAACGUCUCUGUCUGUCUGAGAGGAACAGAGUGAUUAUUGACACUGUUACAGAGCAGUCGUAUCCUGAUCAUCCAGACAGAUUUGAUAUGCGUCCUCAGGUGUUGUGUAGAGAGAGUGUGUGUGGACGCUGUUACUGGGAGAUUGAGUGGAGUGGUGAAUAUGGUGUGCAAAUAUCAGUGUCAUAUAAGAGCAUCAGCAGGAAGGGACAUGGUUAUGAGUGUUUGUUUGGAGGUAAUGAUCAGUCCUGGAGUUUGUUCCUCUCUCACUCCAGAUACUUAUUUGGACACAAUAACAUAGUUACUGAACUCCCUGUAAAGCCCAUCAUCAGUAGAAUAGGAGUGUAUGUGGAUCACAGUGCAGGAACUCUGUCCUUCUACAGCAUCUCUGGAGACACAAUGAGCCUCAUCCACACAGCCCAGACCACAUUUACUCAACUGCUCUAUCCUGGGUUUUGGGUUGGUUAUAAAUCAUCAGUGAAACUUCUUUUCACUGAAAGAGUACUGAAUGUCCUGAUCAAAACACAGUUGAGCUGUUGUGUGUUUCUGUCUCUGUAUUCAUGCAGUAAAAUGGCAGAAGCCAGAAUAUCUCAAGACGAGUUUAUGUGUUCAGUGUGUCUGGAUCUCCUGAAGGAUCCAGUGGCCAUUCCCUGUGGACACAGUUAUUGUAAGAGCUGUAUUACAGGCUGCUGGGAUCAGGAGGAUCAGAUGAGAGUCUACAGCUGUCCUCAGUGCAGACAGACCUUCAGUCCAAGACCUGCUUUAGGUAAAAACACCAUUCUGGCUGAAAUGGUGGAGAAACUGAAGAAGACUCAACUUCCUGCUGACUGUUACACUGGAGCUGGAGAUGUGCAGUGUGACGUCUGUACUGGAAGAAAACACAAAGCCGUCAAGUCUUGUCUGGUGUGUCUGAGCUCUUACUGUCAGAUUCACCUUGAACAACAUGAGAGUUGGUUUAAAGGAAAGAGACACAAUCUGACUGAAGCCACUGGACGACUGCAGGAGAUGAUCUGCCAGAAACACGACAAGAUCCUUGAGGUUUUCUGCCGCACUGAUCAGGAGUGUAUAUGUGUGCUGUGUAUGGAUGAACAUAAAAACCACAACACUGUAUCAGCUGCAGCACAGAGGACAGAGAAACAGCACCAGCUGAAGGAGACGCAGAGGUCGUUCCAGCAGAGGAUCCAGCAGAGAGAGAAAGAUCUUCAGCAGCUGAGAGAGGCUGUGGAGUCUCAUAAGCGCUCUGCACAGACAGCAGUGGAGGACAGUGAGAGGAUCUUCACUGAGCUCAUCCGCUCCAUUGAGAGAAGCCGCUCUGAGGCCACACAGCGGAUCAGAGAUCAGGAAAAGACUGCAGUGAGUCGAGCUGAAGGACGACUGGAGCGACUGGAGCAGGAGAUCAAUGAUCUGAGGAGGAGAGACGCUGAGCUGGAGCAGCUUUCACACACACAGGAUCACAUCCAUUUCCUGCAGAGUUUCCAGUCUCUCUCAGCUCCUCCUGAAUCUACAGACGUAAAUGACGAUCCCUUCAGUUCUCUCUCCUCUUUUGAUGUCCUGAGAGAAUUUGUCCUUCAGCUGAGAGACAAACUGGAGGAUUUCUGCAAAGAGGAGCUCAAGAAGAUCUCUGACAGAGUCACUUUCACCAACAUUGUUCCCAGAACCAGGAACGACUUCCUACAAUAUUCCCUUCAGCUCACUCUGGAUCUGAACACAGUGAAUAAACUCCUCCGUCUGUCUGAGAGGAACAGAGUGAUUACAUUCACUGACACAGUCCAGCCGUAUCCUGAUCAUCCAGACAGAUUUGAUGUGUGUCUUCAGGUGUUGUGUAGAGAGAGUGUGUGUGGACGCUGUUACUGGGAGAUUGAGUGGAGUGGGAAUGAUGUGCGUAUAUCAGUGUCAUAUAAGAGCAUCAGCAGGAAGGGACGGGGUAAUGAGUGUUUGUUUGGACGUAAUGAUCAGUCCUGGAGUUUGUUCUGCUCUUCCUCCAGUUACUCAUUCAGUCACAAUAACAUACAGACUGAACUCCCUGUAGAGCCCAUCAGCAGUAGAAUAGGAGUGUUUGUGGAUCACAGUGCAGGAACUCUGUCCUUCUACAGCGUCUCUGGAGACACAAUGAGCCUCAUCCACACAGUCCAGACCACAUUCACUAAACCGCUCUAUCCUGGGUUUUAUGUUGGUCCUGGAUCAGUGAAACUGUGUUGAUGAAUCAGAAUAGACUGUAGAGAGAUUCUACCCAUAAUGCUUUGAGCUCAUGAUGAAUCAGUAACAGUGAGAUGUUAUAGAGUCUCUUAUUUUCUCUUCAUUACAUUAAUACUACAGCUGAACUUCUGUCAGUGAAAUAACAUGUCAGAAUAAAUGUGUGUAAUGAAUCCUCAUAUAGACAGUGA